AUGGAUCCGAUCAUCGCUUUUUAAAACAUAAAUAGCGGGUUGUUGCUCCUCGCUUUCAUUCAUUUUGUUACAACUGUCUACUACCUACUAUCAUCUACUUAGAUACUCAUCUACAACUCUAUUUCCAUCCCUAUCUACCCAUCUACUACACUACACCACUCUACAAUCAAAAUGGUCUUCAACUGGUUCAAGUCUUCCAAGGAGGAAUCCACCUCUACCCAACAACCCUCCUGGGACGCCAACACCAUGACCAUGCAGCAGCCUUCUAGCCCCGAGGCUCCUUCCACCGAGCGCGUCGUUACGCAGCAGCCUAACACCCAGGAAGAAAUGAAGAUGGGUCUGCGUGGUGGUGGUGCCGGUGAUGUGUGCUGCGGAGUGUAUGUUUAUCCCUUCCUUCCUUUCUUUCCUCUCUUUCACCUAUAUUCCCAUCAUGACAGUGGAGCUAAUUGUGAUCAUCGUCUAGUUGCGCUGGUCUUCUCUGCUUCGAGUGCUGCGAGGAGUGCUGCUAAGCAAACACCUUCCUCUCAUACAUACGUUCGACUACUGUCUCCGUAUCUUGAUGAACAAAAGAUAAAAAAGAAAAAAAGAAUAAGGAAACGGACAUGUGCUGCCCAUCUGUGACACGAGCUAUGAAAUGCGGACCUGGGUCGAUGAUUCCAUGGAUGUGGACGAUGGAUGGUGUUUAGUUGGUUUUGGAUUUGCCCUUGCGAGAUCGCUUAUACCCGGUGUUUCUAUCACAUCUACUAUUUCUCUGUUUUCGCUUGGUUCUAGAAAUGAAUUGAGACAAAAUGAUUGCUUGUUCGAUGGUUGUUCAGUGCGCUGUAGAUUAAACUUCAUUUUGAGCUAUCAUCAGAUGGCAGUCUUGUCGCGCGCUAACUAUGCUUUGCGAAUAUUGUAAGUCCGAUUUUGCGAUUUC